AUUUAAUUUUAAUACUAAUAUUAUUGUUUAAAAAAAAAAACAUACGGUUUUGAUUUCUCAAGCUGCUGUUGUGACUAAUUUGAUGAAUAUAGACAAUGAUGUUGAGUUAAAUGAAAUAUUGGAAGAUGGAAUUGGAGAUGAAGAUGAUGAUGAAACAUAUUUUGACAAUAAUGUUGAAUUACCCUCAACUUUUACUAAUAUGGAAGGAACAAAUUUGACUAUUGAUGAAAAUUAGAUUAUGACACAAUCAACGAGUAAGAAUGAUUUUACGCGAGAGUUGGGAAAAGAUUCUUUCAAGGAUAAAGAGGAACUUGUUAGAGCAAUCAAGAUCCAUAGCAUUAGGACACAUAGACAAUUUGAGGUCAUUGAGUCACGCCCAACUAUUUGGACUCUAAGAUGCAAGUUGUACUUACAAUCAGGUUGCAAAUGGAAGCUUCAUGCAAGUAAACGUAAACGUAGUGGUUAUUUUGAAAUCACAACGUAUACCGGUCCGCACACUUGUUUACACUAUAAGCUUUCUCAAGACCAUCUGAACCUAGAUGCAAGCUUGAUUGCUAUGGAAACUAGACACCUUAUAAAAGAGCAACCUUCUAUCAGUAUUCCGGCUUUGAGAGCUGAAAUAGUUGAAAAAUUAGGCUAUACUCCUUCAUAUAAGAAGGUUUGGGUUGGAAAGCAAAAAGCAAUUGAACAUGUGUUUGGAAACUGGGAAGAGUCUUAUGUCGCUUUACCAAAAUAUCUAGGUGCACUUCAAAAGUUCAAUCCAGGAACUAUAGUUGAAUGGUGUGUUUCAAGAUCGAACGAUGUGGAUGAAGUUGAAUUUAGACGUGUUUUUUGGGUUUUUGCUCCCUCUAUCAAAGGGUUUCACUAUUGUCGACCGGUGAUUAGUAUUGAUGGCACACACUUGUAUGGUAAAUACAAGGGUAAGAUGCUAAUUGCAAUGGGAGUUGAUGGCAAUAAUCAAAUUUUGCCACUUGCAUUUGCUAUUGUAGAAAAUGAAUCUUAUGAUACUUGGGAUUGGUUCCUUUCUCAUGUCAAGAAUCAUGUGGUGAAAGACCGUGAAGGCAUAUGCCUAAUAUCUGAUCGUCAUGGUGGAAUUCUUAAGGCUGUCAAUGAGCAUGGAUCUCCAUGGUUAGAGCCACGUGGUUUUCAUAGGUAUUGUUUACGACAUUUCAUCAACAACUUUUAUGACAAGUUUCGUAAUUCAGAAUUGAAAGCUUUAGCUUACCGUGCCGGGAGUCAGAAUCAAAUUCGAAAGUUCAACUCCAUCAUGGAAGAAAUUGGGAAGUUAAAUCCAUGUGAUCGACAAUGGUUGGAGAGUCAUCCACUUAAUAGAUGGACACUUGCACAUGAUGGUGGAAGGAGAUAUGGGUUGCUCACAACAAAUUUGUCAGAGAUUUUCAACAGUGUACUUAAAGGUGCUCGUUUCUUACCAAUCACAGCUUGUGUGCAACUUACAUUCUAUAGAAUGGUGCAUUAUUUUGAGGUGAGACGUCCUUUAGGAUCUAGUUCUCAAGCUCAUGGAGAUACACAUACUCCACAUGUUGUUGUAAAACAAGUAGCUUUGAUGGCAAAAGCAAGUGCACAUUCCUUAAGAUCUUUUAACCGAGAAAAAUGUAUAUUUGAGUUGAUAACUCAAAGAGGUCGAAAUGUGCAAGUAGUUAAUUUGGAACAAAAAACUUGCACAUGUGGUAAAUGGGAGGCAUUUAAAUAUCUUUGUUCUCAUGUCUUGAGUGCAUGUGCCAAACUCUCUUUGAAUAGUUGA